CGGCCGCCUCGACGAGAAUCCCUACAAGUAGCAGCCGUGGUCCUCGAGACGAAAACAGGUUUUUUUUUUCCGGCCAUCCUCUCAGCAAGCCCCUGCACAUCUCCCGCCUCUUGGCAAGCACUACUCAAGCUUCUCUCUUGGCACUUCGAGGAUCUUCAGUCAUGCAUCCCAUUACGCUGCGGAACACCUUUCUGGCCUUGGCAGCAUCCCUCGGCGGUGUUGCCGAGGCCAAGGAUUGGCUCAGCCCGCCCUAUACUUGGCUCUACCAGUUCCCCCUCCCCAUUCCCCCCGUAAAGAAUGUUACCGAGGAGACGACAAACCCGGUCACUGGUGGCAAGAUUCAGUACUUUGAGGUCAACAUCCAGCCCCUGACUCAGCAGGUCUAUCCGGGCAAGUCCCCUGCUAAGCUCGUGGGGUACGAUGGAUAUUCUCCCGGACCUACUUUCUACAUGGAAAGGGGUGUUGAAUCCGUCGUUCGCUUCAUCAACAAGUCUCCCACAGCCAGCUCCAUCCACUUGCACGGUUCCUACUCGAGAGCUCCCUGGGAUGGCUGGGCCGAAGACCUCAUCAAGCCCAACGAGUACAAGGAUUACUACUAUCCCAACCACCAGGCCGCCCGGACGCUGUGGUACCACGACCACGCCAUUGAUCACACGGCGGAAAACGCCUACUUUGGCCAGGCUGGCAUGUAUAUCCUCCAUGACGAGAAGGAGGAUGUUCUUGGCCUUCCCAAGGGUCCCUAUGACGUGCCCCUUGUCCUGUCUGCUAAGCAGUACAACAACGACGGCACGCUCUACAGCCCGGCCAGGGAGACAACCAGUCUCUAUGGCGACAUCAUCCAUGUCAAUGGCCAGCCAUGGCCCUACAUGAAGGUUGAGCCUCGCCAGUACCGUUUCCGCUUUCUCAACGCUGCCAUCUCCCGCUCCUUCUUUCUGUACCUUGAGCGCGACUUGAAGCCCGGUCAGAAUGAGAAGCUCGAGUUCAACGUCAUUGCCUCGGAUGCUGGUCUCCUCAGCGGGCCUCAGAAGGUCAAGGACAUGUACAUCUCCAUGGCCGAGCGGUACGAGGUCGUCGUCGACUUUUCCAAGUGGAAGGGCGAGAACGUUACUCUGCGUAACACGAGGAGCUUCGCUGCUGACGAGGACUUCCUGCAUACCGACAAGGUCAUGAAGUUCAUCAUCGCUGAUAAGAGAUCGGAUGACUCUUCUGGCUCUUCUGACGACAACUCCCUCCCCGGCUCGCUCCGUACUAUCCCUUACCCUCCGGACAAGGCUGGUGUAGACCAUUCAUUCAAGUUCGAGCGCACCAACGGCGAGUGGAAAAUCAAUGGAGUGUCCUUUGCCGAUGUUAAUAACCGCGUGCUUGCUAAGCCCAAGCGCGGCCGUGUCGAGGUCUGGGAGCUCAUCAACAGCAGCGGCGGCUGGUCUCACCCCAUUCACAUCCACCUGGUCGACUUCAAGGUUGUCAAGCGCGUUGAUGGCCGCGGUCAGGUCAUGCCCUACGAGGCUGCGGGCCUCAAGGACGUCGUGUGGCUCGGACCCAACGAGAAGGUGACGGUCGAGGCCUACUAUGCUCCCUGGGACGGUGUCUACAUGUUCCACUGCCACAAUCUGAUUCACGAGGACCACGAGAUGAUGGCUGCCUUCAACGUCUCCAUGCUGCCCAACCUCGGCUACGACGAGACGCACUAUAUCGACCCUACCGAGAAGCGCUGGAGCGCUAAGCCCAUCGGUGGCGACAUGAGCUGGACUGCGGUCGAGGACAGGAUCAAGUGGAUGGCCAACAUGCAGCCGUACAACCACGUCGACGACGUCGAGACCUGGCUGGCCGACUACUGGAAGACUGCUGACGACUCCUCCACCAAGACCAGCACUGCUGCCGCCGCUGCCGGUGCCACGAAUGCCGCCCUGGUCGCAGGCCCGGCGGGCUCUACUCUGUCCACGACCACCAAGCCUGCUGCGACCUCGACCUCCAGCAGCAAGGUCGAUGACAGCCGCACGAAGUCUAGCAAGAGGAAGCGGUUCGAGGCUCGGCCGACUCAGGUUGCCUAGGCUCUGACGAGCUCAGCUCGUGGUUGGAGGCGUUUGACUGGUGGCGAGCAAAACAGAUCACUAAUGACUAUUGAGGGAGGAGAAGAGAUCUGUUGAUUUUUGGUUUCAACGUUUCACGACGCAUGGAUGGCGCUUAGGUUGCUUUUCUUUUCGGCUAUUGUCUAAUCCCUCACCUCCCACUCUCUUUUAAGCUCUGCAUAGGAUACCAGGAUACAAUAGCGACCACACUCACUCUCAAAUAGAAGGACAAUGAUAUAUUUCAAAACAAUAAUACUUG